AAAAAUUUAUGAGUUUAUAUGGAAUUUGAUUGAUAUUUCUAUGGUGUACGUAUAUCCCUUUAAUCUACACCACAAUCGUUUUUCAUGGACAUGUUUGUAACACAAGCUCAAUACUAGAACCGUAUAGAGAAGAGAAUCUGCAUAAGACCACAUUGAGCAUUUUAGUAUGGCAUGGCAUUGCAUUGGCACCAAAUAUUCCACCAACUUUUUCUUUUUUCCUUUUUUUAAAUUUUACUUAUCAUUGCUUUUUCAAAUUUGGAGUUGUCUUUUUAUCAAUGAAAUCUCUUCUGAGAUAUAAUCAGUGCACCCACUGCACGUUUCUGUAUCUGUUCCUCCUUGAAGGGGGUCCUCAGUCCAAGUCUCUAGAGCAAGCAUGAGUCUUGGUCUCUGAGACCAUUGGCCUCUCUCUCUCUCUCUCUCUCUCUCUCUCUCUGAGCAUUCUUCAAGCUUCAACCUUUUUUGGUGUAUUAAAUUUGUUGGUAUCAAAUCACUAUCGUGAACAAUAUUAAUGGAGUUGAAGUGCACCUAAUCCAAUACCGAUUUCCUUAAAUCCUCGUUUUUCCAUCAAUUAAGUGUUAGAAACCCCAGAGCUUCAAACUUUAAUGUCUGAAUGCUCUGUUCUUGGCCGUUCAGCAAAGUUUCUGUUUCUGGGUCUUUGAAAUUUUAGCCUCUAGAAGAUGUCCCACGUUGAUUUAGAGCAAGGAUCUCACCGCCGUGACGUAAGCGCCGACGGCAGCGUCUGCUUCUCGGACGCAGACGACGGGUCGUGUUACUCUCAGUUCUACUCAACAAAUGGCGGGUCAUACGACGAGUACAAUUUUGCCUUCGUCUCUGAUCCUGAGGCUGAGGUGGUCUCAGAUUCCAGGAGAGCCUCUUCGGUUUCGGACGGUUCGGUCCAGCUCGAAAUUGAGAUUGGGGUGCCUGAAAUUAAGGUGCAUUUGGACAAAGUAGAGAGAGAUUGUAGGAUUUGUCAGCUGGGUUUGGAGAGCAAUAGCCAUGAAUCUGGGGUUCCUAUUGAAUUGGGUUGUUCUUGCAAGGAUGAUUUGGCUGCUGCCCACAAGCACUGCGCUGAUACUUGGUUCAAAAUUAAGGGUAACAAGACCUGUGAGAUAUGCCAGUCAGUUGCACGCAAUGUUGUUGGUCCAAAUGACAUUGAGUUUACUGAGCAGUUGAGUGAAGCCAAUAGUGCAUCAACAACAGCUGCAGUCUCAGCACCAGGGCCCUCCACGGAUACUCAAAGCUUCUGGCAUGGCCAUCGGUUCCUCAACUUCCUUCUUGCUUGUAUGGUAUUUGCUUUUGUCAUAUCAUGGCUCUUUCACUUCAACGUUCCGUCAUGAAAUCCUCAGCAAAGAGUUGAGGAAAAUUGAAAGCGAAAAAAAAAAAAAA